GAAAGAGAAAGAUGAAAGUUUUACUCAUUCUUCUCGCGUUUAUCGCGGCGGCCAGCGCAUUUAGUUACGGAAACAACAUUUUGACUUCAAUACCCAAUGGUUGCAUCAGAUUCUACAAGAAGAGAUACUACAGCACCUGCAAACGAUACGGUUGUUGGUACAAGUACAAAACGAGAUACUGCUUUGUCAGAUACUGUCUUCAACCCUUCAAGUUCUGCUUCAACCCAACAAAAUAUACUGGCCUAAAAACCUGUGUCUUCCCCGCCGUUGUUAGAGAUGGAGCUACUAUCAUUAAAGAACACUGCGAAAAAUUGGAAAAGGCAAUCUUAGAAUAUGAGACGCAAUUCGGUGAAUGGAAACUUAAAUGGACCACCUACCACACAGAAUAUUGCACAAAGUACGAUGAAAUCAUCAAGUCCCGACACGACUGGUACAUCGAAUAUCUUCGUUCUCAAUACAUUUGCGCUAACAACAGCACCGAAUUGACCGAUGAACAAAAGGCUAAACUCGCAGAGGUCCAAAAGGAAUGCGAUGAAAAGAGGACAGCCGCUGUCGAAGCUUACAAAUUGAAACUUGCCGAAAUUUUGUUGGAAUGCGCCACCAAGUUCAGUACGAGCAUUAUAGAUUACAGAACCAAGGCCAAGUCUUACAUCCAGUCUAUCGGUGAUAAUUUUGAUGCUUGCCAAAAGAAGAGAUCUGAAGACAUUAAAGCAUAUAAGGAGAAACUUGAGGCAAAGGGUAUUUCUGCCAAGCAAUCUUUGUUCGAGAGUAUGAAUAAGGCGAAAAAAUCUCAUUGGACAAAAUACCUCGAUAUUUUGAAGUUGCACCACGAUGAUUUCGUGGUUAAUGGUGAUGUUUGUGAUGGACCAACGGAUAUUGUAACCAUGGCAAACAAAUAUAGCGAAAAGCUGUCAGAAUACUGUGCUGCUGUUUUACUCGAAUGUGAUAAGUACUGGGAGGACAUCAUCCUAGGCUGGUACUCCACUAUUCCUGCUGCUACAUCUGCAAGGAACAGAAAUGCAUCUUGCCCAGAUUCUGCUGGGGUAGUUAUUACACAUGGUGCGUGAGCUAUCCUACUGCCAAGUGCUAUCCAUACUACUACAAGUACUACACAAACUAUCGUUACUGUCGUGUCAACUACUACAACGGAUGCUACACAUAUGGCAAAAGCUAUGGGUUUGGCAAAAGCUACGGAUAUAGCAAGUUCUAUUAGACGAGCGGCUCUCGUCGUCGGCAAGUGGAGACUCAUUAGAUGUUUCUCUCUGUAGUGAAAUAAGCUUUUUUCCACGUGUUACGUUUAACUUUUGUUUUAUCGUUAUUCGUGAGAAAAUAAAAGCUAUAAAGCCGACAAUU